UUUCUGGAAAAAGUAUUGCAACAUUAGUUAUUGAAUUAAAACAAUCAAAAUGGGAUUAAUUGACGAUUAUGAGCAACAAUAUUCACAGCUAACGGCAGAAGCAACUGCUCUAAUUGGUAGAUUAUCUGUAGCGAGCGGAGGAGACAAACGCCAAUUAAUACAAAAUAUUGAUACACUUUUACAAGAAGCUGGAGAGACACUUGAACAGAUCGGUUUGGAGAUUCGUGAUUCUGAUCCGGGAGCUCGUCCCGGGUUAACAUACAAACUCAAUUGUUAUAAUGCCGAAUUGAAACGACUGCAGAACGAAUUUACCAUGGCAAAGUCAAAUAAGAACACGGUAAACGCGGGAUUCGAUGACGACGAAUACGAUGAUGUGAAUGUCACGGAAGACCAAAAACGACGAUUGCUCGAUAAUUCUGAGCGAUUGGAGCGUUCAGGCAAUCAACUUACGAAUGCGUAUCGCAUUGCUGUUGAAACUGAGGAAAUUGGCAAUAGUGUUUUACGCGAUUUGGAAAACCAAAGAGAAACCUUGACACGAGCUCGAGGCAGACUAAGAGAUACAGAUGCCGAACUCGGAAGAUCCGGAAGACUUUUAAACACGAUGAUAAUGAGACACAUGCGAGAUAAAUUCGUGUUGAUUGGCAUCGGAGCAGUUUUCUUGUUGGUCAUUUGCGUGAGCGUUUAUUUCUCGUUCACGAAAAAAGAGAAAACGCAUUAAAAGGGUUUUAUGUUAUGCCAGCAUUUGCUUCGUUUUGAUGUAAAUUUAUACGAAUUAUUCCUGUCUGUAAUAUAAUAUAUCGAUAAUUGGCUAUACCUAAACAAAAUGAUGAUAAUAAUAAACGCAGAUAUUCAAUAUUCUA